ACUUAAGCAUUUAUUCCACUGGGAUAGAAGCGGCAGGAGCAGCGUUGGCACCGGCGAACCAUGGCUGGGAUUUUCUAUUUCGUCCUCUUUUCGUUUCUCUUUGGGAUUUGUGAUGCUGUCACCGGUUCUAGGGUCUAUCCCGCGAAUGAAGUUACCUUAUUGGAUUCCAGAUCUGUUCAGGGAGAGCUUGGGUGGAUAGCAAGCCCUCUGGAAGGAGGGUGGGAGGAAGUGAGCAUCAUGGAUGAGAAAAAUACACCGAUCCGCACCUACCAGGUGUGCAACGUGAUGGAAGCCAGCCAGAAUAACUGGCUGCGAACUGAUUGGAUCACCCGAGAAGGGGCGCAGCGGGUGUACAUUGAGAUUAAGUUCACUCUGAGGGACUGCAACAGUCUUCCGGGCGUCAUGGGGACUUGCAAGGAGACGUUUAACCUGUACUACUACGAGUCUGACAACGACAAGGAGCGCUUCAUCAGAGAGAGCCAGUUUGGCAAGAUCGAUACCAUCGCGGCUGAUGAGAGCUUCACGCAGGUGGACAUUGGUGACCGAAUCAUGAAGCUCAACACUGAGAUCCGGGAUGUAGGACCACUGAGCAAGAAGGGCUUUUACCUGGCCUUUCAGGAUGUGGGGGCUUGCAUUGCCCUGGUCUCCGUCCGUGUGUUCUACAAGAAGUGUCCGCUCACUGUUCGAAAUCUAGCACAGUUUCCUGAUACCAUCACGGGGGCUGAUACCUCCUCCCUGGUGGAAGUUCGAGGCUCCUGUGUCAACAACUCCGAAGAGAAGGAUGUGCCAAAAAUGUACUGUGGGGCAGAUGGCGAAUGGCUGGUGCCCAUUGGCAACUGCUUGUGCAAUGCUGGGCAUGAGGAGCAGAAUGGUGAAUGCCAAGCUUGCAAAAUUGGAUAUUACAAAGCUCUCUCCACGGAUGCCACCUGUGCCAAGUGUCCACCCCACAGCUACUCCGUCUGGGAAGGAGCCACCUCGUGCACCUGUGACCGAGGCUUCUUUAGAGCCGACAAUGAUGCUGCGUCUAUGCCCUGCACCCGCCCACCAUCUGCUCCCCUCAACUUGAUUUCCAAUGUCAACGAGACGUCGGUGAACUUGGAAUGGAGCAGUCCUCAGAACACAGGGGGCCGCCAAGACAUUUCUUACAAUGUGGUCUGCAAGAAAUGUGGAGCCGGUGACCCCAGCAAGUGCCGGCCCUGUGGGAGCGGAGUGCAUUACACGCCACAGCAGAACGGCCUCAAGACGACUAGAGUCUCCAUCACCGACCUCUUAGCACACACCAAUUACACCUUUGAGAUCUGGGCGGUGAACGGAGUAUCUAAGUACAACCCCAGCCCGGACCAGUCAGUGUCUGUCACUGUGACAACCAACCAAGCAGCACCAUCAUCCAUUGCUUUGGUCCAGGCUAAAGAAGUCACAAGAUACAGUGUGGCUCUGGCUUGGUUGGAACCCGAUCGGCCAAAUGGAGUAAUCUUAGAAUAUGAAGUCAAGUAUUAUGAAAAGGAUCAGAAUGAACGAAGCUAUCGCAUAGUUCGGACAGCUGCCAGGAACACAGAUAUCAAAGGCCUGAACCCUUUGACUUCCUAUGUGUUCCACGUGCGAGCCCGGACUGCCGCUGGCUAUGGAGACUUCAGUGAGCCAUUGGAGGUCACUACCAAUACAGUGCCUUCCCGGAUCAUUGGAGAUGGCGCCAACUCCACCGUCCUACUGGUCUCCGUCUCUGGCAGUGUGGUGCUUGUGGUCAUUCUCAUUGCGGCCUUUGUCAUCAGUCGUAGACGGAGUAAGUACAGCAAAGCGAAACAAGAAGCAGACGAAGAGAAACAUUUGAAUCAAGGUGUUAGAACUUAUGUGGAUCCCUUUACAUAUGAAGACCCCAACCAGGCAGUUCGAGAAUUUGCCAAAGAAAUCGAUGCAUCCUGCAUUAAAAUCGAAAAAGUCAUAGGAGUUGGUGAAUUUGGAGAAGUCUGCAGUGGGCGCCUCAAGGUGCCAGGCAAGAGAGAGAUCUGCGUGGCUAUCAAGACCCUGAAAGCUGGGUAUACGGACAAGCAGAGGAGGGACUUCCUGAGCGAGGCCAGCAUCAUGGGCCAGUUUGACCACCCAAACAUAAUCCACCUGGAAGGCGUUGUCACCAAAUGUAAACCAGUCAUGAUCAUAACGGAGUACAUGGAGAACGGCUCCUUGGAUGCAUUUCUCAGGAAGAACGACGGCCGAUUUACAGUCAUUCAGUUGGUGGGCAUGCUCCGUGGCAUUGGGUCUGGAAUGAAGUAUUUAUCUGAUAUGAGCUAUGUGCAUCGAGACCUGGCUGCCAGGAACAUCCUAGUAAAUAGCAACUUGGUCUGCAAGGUGUCUGAUUUUGGCAUGUCCAGGGUGCUGGAGGAUGAUCCCGAAGCAGCCUAUACUACCAGGGGUGGCAAGAUUCCUAUCCGGUGGACUGCACCAGAAGCAAUUGCCUAUCGUAAAUUCACGUCAGCCAGUGACGUAUGGAGCUACGGAAUCGUUAUGUGGGAAGUGAUGUCAUAUGGAGAGAGACCAUACUGGGAUAUGUCCAAUCAAGAUGUGAUUAAAGCCAUCGAGGAAGGCUACCGGCUGCCCCCGCCAAUGGACUGUCCCAUCGCCCUCCAUCAGUUAAUGCUGGACUGCUGGCAGAAAGAGAGGAGCGACAGGCCUAAGUUUGGGCAGAUUGUCAACAUGCUGGACAAACUCAUCCGCAAUCCCAACAGUUUGAAGAGGACAGGGCCAGAGAGUUCCAGACCAAACACAGCGUUGCUGGAUCCCAGCUCCCCUGAAUUCUCGGCUGUAGUAUCAGUGGGCGACUGGCUGCAGGCCAUCAAAAUGGACCGGUAUAAGGAUAACUUCACAGCCGCGGGGUACACCACGCUAGAAGCUGUGGUUCACAUGAACCAGGAUGACCUGGCAAGAAUUGGCAUCACCGCCCUCACACACCAGAAUAAGAUUUUAAGCAGCGUCCAGGCGAUGAGAACCCAAAUGCAGCAGAUUCACGGCAGGAUGGUCCCUGUCUGAGCCAGUACUGAAUAGACUCCGAACUCUUGAAAUUAGUUUACCUCAUCCAUGCACUUUAAUUGAAGAACUGCACUUUUUUUACUUCGUCUUCGCCCUCUGAAAUUAAAGGAAAAAUAAAAAAUACCCGCAGCGUUGCUUGGUGUAUGAGAUUGCUGAAACCGUGGGGCUUACGCGAAUGGCCUAGAUCAUCAGAUUUAAACCUGGAGCCAGUAAUUUCUCAGAAGUACUCUUGUCCGUCGCUGGUGUAUAAAAUACAUGUACUUAGAUAGAUAAAACUCUGCCUCCGAGUUUCGACGCCCGUUUUUCCCGUCCGAUGCUGGAUUUUGGAAGUCACCUUAAUCCUUUCUGUUUGGAAUUUCAACCGAAGGAUUUCGUCUGUGGCGUCAACCACUGUCAUCAUUCGCCGCUGAGGCCCAGGAGCAUUGCGGAAGGACUCAAAGGUGGCCGUCGGGGCUUGGUUCGUACCACAGAACAAAAUCCAGGUGAAAGCCUCGUGACCCACCCAUGUUGCCUCUUCAGUGCCCAGGACACUUGGUGGAUUUCUAUGACACAGGGGGCUAGAAAGAAAUGGAAAGUGGAUUUUUUUUCUUUUUUUAAAUGCAAACUCCCAAGCCCUAUUACCCCUAACUGGACAAAUGAGGUCUCUUUGGGCCUGAGGCUGUGCCAUGUAACGUCUUAUUUGGGAAUGCUACAAACCUUCUGGAUAGUGGGCUGUGACAAUCCUGAAUGGGGAAUUUUCAUAUUUCCCCCUGCUUUGAAGAGGCAACUUCCAAGUUUACAAGGGAACAGAUUCUGCUAUCUCAGCCUCACAGCCCUUCCUGUUGAUUACAAAGCCCUUGGAAAAGAAAAAAAAAGAACACACCCUCCUUGGUUCUUCCGAACUUUUUUUCCCCCUUUGGCGUCUCUUCUGCCAGUGUUGAGGCAAAGACACUUGAUGGAACACCUGUACCUGGAAAGUCGAAGAAAUGGUUCAAGUCCCCUUCACCCAGGAAAGCAGCAGCCCCAAGCUCCGGCAUCUGUUCUCCAGCUGCGUGGAGGAGUGCGCUGCCUCGAGGCAACAGCUCUGCAGAGCCCUUCCAAACCCCUUGUGGUUUUAUUUAUACGUAUUUCCAUAAUCCAUUCCCGUACGUCACUGCUGCAUCGGAGUGGCGGCGAGUGACCAAAUGUUACAGGUUUUUCUAUGGACGCCAGGUCAGGCGCCAC